UUAUAAUGUUUUUAAAGGGGCUUGUUGUCAAUUGUAAAUUCCCAGCACACUUGAACACACCUGAUGAGGGUGCGGUUCCGACCAGGUGGUCGCCUUCCUUCUGGACAAGUUUCGGCAAGCAGUUUUGCCGUCAUAGUUUUCAAAGAACCACAAAACAUUCUCUCGCACAGACUCCAGGAAGAAGCUUGUAGCCUCUUUGUCGGCGCGGGGGGUAUUGCUGAUGCUGUAGUCAUGGCGAUGGAAGCGUCCAAGCGGGUGUCGUCGUGGUCGGUGCAAGAUGUGCUGGAGUGGAUUGAAAAGUGCUAUCCCAGCCUCGUAGGUGUGCUCCACAAGGCUGUGAUGAAACAUGCCAUAUCAGGUCGGGCGCUGCUGAGGUUGCGGGAGCACCACCUGCACCUCCUUGGCGUGGACUCGGAGGAUCAACAACAGGAGAUGUUGCAGGACCUCCUCCUCCUCAGAGUGCAGGAGGAGGUGGGAGAACUGGACGACAUAUGCUCAGAGUGUUUCCCGGUAUAGCAGAUGUUCAUUUUUAAUUCCGGCUCCAGCCCAUUCCAUCCAUUUUUCAUCCAGUCACUCCAUCCGUCGACUGACAAGGCGGGGGUGACGGACAUCUUAGCUGGCGAAGAAGAAUCGAUGACGAGUGGAAAAGGACAUUUCCUGUGCGAAACUGACUCCAAAUCCCACAACGCCAUGGUGUGGCUAGGGCGACAUCCAAGUGGGUCCACCUGACCUGAGACAACCUCCCCACUGGCCUCCCCUUUCCUCAUCAUCCCCCAGCCCGACUCCUCCGUCCACCUCAGCAGGCCCCUUCCUCCCACCGUUCCUCCUUCUCCCCGAUCCCACCCUCCACCUCCUCCUCUCACCUCCCCCCGCAGCACACAUGCAGGCCAAGAAGCGGUACCUGUUCGUGUCUGUGGGGGUCGCUCUUCUCUUCCUCGUCUACAUGUGGGCUCUGCAAAUUGCCGACUUUGAGCAACAACAACAGCAGCAGCAGCGGUGGUACCGCCGACACCAGUUGCCCCGGUACCCCGACUACGACCAGCACCAGCCUUACAGCCAGAGGCAAGAAGCAGACCAGGCUAGUUCUAAGCCACCACUGCCUCGCAGGGGGCCGUCCAAACAGCCCGGACACUGGACUGAAUUGACCCGGUUGCUGGGGCCCUACCUGGAGGGAGGAGAACAGGAGGAGGAUGGUCCUCAGGUGCACCACCAACACAGCUCGCCCAGGGAGCGGCGCUCUGUCCGCGACAACCUCUACAAGAACAAACGCUGCCGCAUGGAAACCUGCUUCGACUUCGCCCGCUGCCAGCCGCACUUCGGCAUCUACGUUUACCCGCCGCAGAGGGGUGACGAGAUCUCAGCUACGUACCGUAAGAUACUCUCCUCCAUCCAGGAGUCUCGUUUCCACACCGCAGACCCCCUGAAGGCCUGCCUGUUCAUCCUGGCUGUGGACACUCUGGACAGGGACCGUCUGUCGGCCCAGUUUGUUCAGAACGCCAGGACACGUAUCCACAAUUUGCCCACAUGGAAUGACGGCAGAAACCACCUCAUUUUUAACCUCUACUCCGGUACCUGGCCGGACUACACAGAGGAUCUGGGAUUUGAGGUGGGCCAGGCCAUGUUGGCCAAGGCCAGCGCCAAUGUGGCCAACUUCCGACCCAACUUUGAUAUUUCCAUCCCCUUGUUCUCCAAAGACCACCCUCUUAAAGUAGGGGGCAUGGGUGGCACCUGGGGCACGAAUGGCGCGGCGGCCCCGAUCUCCUCCUCGUCCUCUAGGCGCUACUUGCUGGUGUUCAAAGGGAAGCGUUACCUGACGGGGAUCGGCUCGGAGACCAGGAACGCUUUGUAUCAUAUCCACAACGGGGACGAUAUUGUCCUGCUGACCACCUGCAAGCACGGCAAGGACUGGGAGAAGCACAAGGACUCCCGCUGCGAUCACGACAACCGAGAAUACGCAAAGUUCGACUACCAGGAGCUGCUGCACAACUCCACCUUCUGCCUGGUGCCCCGGGGUCGACGCCUCGGCUCCUUCCGCUUCCUGGAGGCGCUGCAGGCUGCGUGCAUUCCCGUCAUUCUGAGCAACGGCUGGGAGCUCCCCUUCUCCGAGGUCAUCGACUGGAGGAAGGCGGCCGUGCUCGGCGACGAGAGGCUGCUGCUGCAGGUUCCGUCCAUGACUCGCUCGGUAGGCCGUGACAGGAUCCUGGUUCUGCGCCAGCAGAGUCAGUUCCUGUGGGACGCCUACUUCUCCUCGGUAGCCAAAAUUGUCCUCACCACUCUGGAGAUAAUCCGAGACCGUGUGGACUCUGUCGUCUCCCGAAACCGUCUGAUGUGGAACUCCCUGCCUGGUGGCCUCUAUGCACUCCCACAGUACUCCACCGACCCCGCACGCUUCCCCUUUUACUACGCCAUGCUAGGGAAGAGCCCCCCGCCGCAGUUCACCGGCGUGAUCCAUACGGUGAGUCCGCUGCAGUCGCACCCGUCUCCCGUGGUGAAGCUCAUCAUCGCUGUGGCCAAGUCCAAGUUCUGUGCGCAGAUUGUGGUUUUAUGGAACAGCGACAAGCCCUUACCUCCCAGGAACAAGUGGCCCUCCACCAGUGUGCCUCUCACCGUCAUCCAAGGACAGAGCAAGGCGAUGAGUAGUCGUUUUUACCCGCACGAUGUCAUCAUCACCGACGCCAUCCUCAGUCUGGAUGAAGACUCAGUUCUCUCCACUAAUGAGGUGGAUUUCGCCUUCAUCGUGUGGCAAACCUUUCCGGAGCGUAUUGUAGGUUAUCCCGCCCGGAGCCACUACUGGGACGGCUCGCGCUCCUGCUGGGCCUACACGUCCAAAUGGACCAACGACUACUCUAUGGUGCUCACCGGGGCCGCCUUCUACCACAGGUACUACCACUACCUGUUCAGCAGCUACGUGCCCAGCAGCCUGCUGAGCAUGGUGGACCGUAUGGCCAACUGCGAGGACAUCCUGAUGAACUUCCUGGUAUCGGCCGUCACCAAGCAAGCGCCCGUCAAGGUGACGCAGAAGAAGCAGUACAAGGAGACCAUGAUGAGCCAAGGCUCCAAGGCGUCCCGGUGGGCCGACCCGGACCACUUUGCCGAGCGUCAGACGUGCGUGAACGCCUUCAGUCGCUGGCUGGGCUUCAUGCCGUUGCUACACUCGCAGAUGAGACUGGACCCGCUGCUCUUCCGGGACCAGGUCUCCAUGCUGCGCAAGAAGUACCGCGACAUCGAGAGGCUGUGAAUGUGAUCGC